AGCUAAGCAUUUUCGUAACCAUAAUGUAAUUAUCAUAACCUCAUACGUUCAUUCACCAAACCUGCUGCGUAACAUGGUCUCCUAACCUGUUACGAAAAGUCAAAUCUAACAAAAGCCAUAUCCCAUCUAGUCAAAACCAACAAAAAGCGGAAACAAAAGAAAUCGCAAAUUUCUAGAAACAAAUUUUGGUGAGCUGGGCAGAGAUACAGGCAUACAACUGACAGCUUUCAGUGUUAACACCAUACACCUAACUCAGGAGGGCUGACAUGGCUUUGAAAAGAAUACAGAAGGAGCUACAUGACUUGCAAAGGGACCCUCCUGCUCAGUGCUCUGCUGGACCAGUUGGAGAGGACUUGUUUCAUUGGCAAGCCACAAUCAUGGGACCUACUGACAGCCCAUAUCAGGGAGGAGUGUUCUUCCUCACCAUCCACUUCCCAACAGACUAUCCCUUCAAACCGCCAAAGGUAGCCUUCACAACGAAAAUCUAUCACCCAAACAUUAACAGUAAUGGUAGCAUCUGUCUGGACAUUCUGAGGUCACAGUGGUCCCCAGCACUUACAGUUUCAAAAGUUUUAUUGUCCAUAUGCUCUUUGCUAUGUGACCCAAACCCAGAUGACCCCCUAGUCCCAGACAUAGCACACAUCUACAAGCAGGACAAAGAAAAGUACAACAGAUUAGCAAGAGAUUGGACUCAAAAGUAUGCAAUGUAAAGGACUGAAGUUUGAGACAACGGAAGAGGUUUAAGCAAAUUAACUUCAUGGACACUUCUGAAAACAGUACUGUUGCCACCCCUCAUCCACACUGGUUCAAGAAGAAGUGUUGUAUAUGGGAAGCACUUUCUAUCCCCAAAUUAACUGCUUUUAUGCUUUGAAGUCAUUAUUUUCCUUUUGUUUGACGUUCCCAAUGUUAUAUAAAUUAUUAUUCAGUUAUUUCUGAGAUGACCCAUAAAAACAGACCAAUUAUGACUCCACCCCCUUCAUCUUAGUUUUUUUCUCCUUUCAGAGAUUUUUAUUGUAUAGUAUAAAGCUAUACUGAAUCUAUUUUUAUUAUUUUGCAUUAAAAAGUUAAACAAAAAAAAUUGA